UUUCACAAGUUGUAUUAUUGUACAUGCAUAAAAUGUCGACAGUGUGUGUGUACAAAAAAGAACACUCAAUUCCGAUAUACGAUAAAUCAAAGACGAUCGCUGAGAAAACUGUUACGAUUACUGUGACCGAAAUCACCGCAAAUGACUGUUUGGUGUCAAAUCAAAGUUAAGGAUCAGCAAGAUGUUGCAUUUAAUUUCUACACGGAUAUCGAUGUUACAGACUUUGAGUUGAUGAAAAACAAUCAAAAUUUGGACAUAAAUUAUAGGGAAUUUAAAGACGAUCUAAUAGAAAUGCUUCAACAACACCAAAAUCAUGAAAUGCAACUAAAAAUCGAAAUCAUGAACAACUUAAACAAAUGUAACUUGGUAUUUUAUGGCAAAACUAAAAUAAAGGUGAUGAUUUAUUUGAUCAUUGAACUGAAAGAGACAAAUUCAAAAGAGAUAUUUCAAGAGAUGAAUAACAAUUUGAAAAUGUAUCAGGAACAAAUUGAAAAUUUAAACAGGAAACUUUCAAUGUGGACAACGAAAUCAAAGGAACAAGAGAGUUUGGUGCAAAAUGCCAUUGAUGAUAAAAAAAAAUUACAAGAAACAAUUUAUCAAUAUUUGAAUAGUUUGGAUGGUUCUGUUCAGAAGAAAUUGCAAAAUUUAAACAGAAUGGUGUUGGAAAAAGUAUCAAAACUAGACAAGAAACUGAAUAAACUGCUGAUGGAUGUGAAUGCAGUAAAAAAUGAAACAAACUUAAAGAUUGAUUCCAAUCAGAGACUGUUGAAAACAAUGGAGAGCCUCCGAUUGGAGACAAUAGAUAGUGCUUCCAUAAUUAAUGACCUGAAAAAAGAGAACUGCGCCUUGUUGGCCAAUAAAUAUCAACAAGAGAAAUAUAUAACGGAAUUAAAUAAAAAAAAUGAUGACUUGAAUGAUACAAUUGUUAAUUUACAGACAAAAAAUGAUCAGCUAUUGAACGACCUGGAAAAAAUCAGCGUAGUUAUUACGCAAAAGAAAAGCGCAAACGACGAAUUAACCAAAGACCUGCAUCAAGCCAAUCACAUGCUGAUGACGUUCAACAAACAUUACGAUGCCAAAGUAAAGGAGAUACAAGAUUUGACUGAAAUCCUGUCGGAAAAAGAUCAGGCGAUGAACGAGACGCGGUUGAAGAUCAACAAAUUGGUUGAGGAGUUUGAGGAGUAUAAGAGUCAGUACAAUAGAGAGGGUCUAAUGUUGCUCAAACAUCAAGUCAAGAUGCAAGACGAGAAAAUCGCUAAACUGGAAUUGAAUCUCAGACAAGUCAAUAAAAUGAACAACAUUCUGACCCAAAAAUUGAAUGAGGAUAUGUUACGUCCACAGUGAAUCUCUUUAAUCAGAGUUUAUCAAUAUUUUUAUACAAUAAUUAUUUAUUUUGUGUUAAUUUUCGAAAUGGAAUAAAAUAUAUAUUUUGUUAUUUUUACAA